AAAUUACUAAUUGACAAGGAUAUAAUGGUGAAGUGUGUGAACCGUGAACAGCAUCAGCCUUGCUUUGCCGUCUCAACGUGUUUAAUAGUGCUAGGAAUAUCAAUGUGGGCUUCGCUCUUGAUUACUGACAGAAAUAGCAAUGAAGACAAAGUUCAUACCUUGGAAAAACUAAAGAUGCAACUUCAAUGUGUGACAUGUGAUUUGUGCCACAGGAAUGGGGGUUCGGAUUGCUCACGUAGUAAUGAUUGCAAAAAACUACGAAGAAAGUGUGCAAAUCAUGGUUGGCGAAUUUCAAAGCUGUUUAAAAAGUCAAUUCUACCCGAAAAAUGUCAAAAUACUCAUGAAUCAAGAGAGUACGUGGAAAAGAAAAUAGACGAUGGCAUGAAAAGAGAAAUGGAAAUGCUAAAUAAUGAAAUGACAGACGAUCAGGCAGAAUAUUUAGAGAAGUUCUCGGAACAAACAAACAUGAUGGUUUUACAUUGGUUCCCAUUGGUCGAAGAAAAUCAAUCAAACGCAACCCAUUGGACUAGAAUAACCAACUACGAACGACAUAGAUCGACUUUCUCGGUGUCAACGGGACCCAGCGGGUCAUAUGAGGACGGAUUUGCAGUUUUGCAGGAAUCUGGUCUUUACCAUGUCUACGCAAAAAUUACUUUUGUGUGUACGGAGGGAGACAAGAAAGGAAAAAGGGUGCAUAUGGAAGUAGGAGUCCAAAACUACAAGGACGAUUCCAAGUAUUACAGUAUACUAAGCGAGAACCAGCAUCUGAAUUGUGCACUAGAGGGCGGGCUAGUCACUUUAUACCAGGAAGGUUUAUUCCGGCUUGCAAAGUCAAAUAGAGUAUUUUUGCGAUACAAAGUACCAGAAAACGUAGAGCUAGCCUCACACAACGCUUAUAGCAAGUCCUAUUUUGGGAUGCACCGCACUGGAGCAGCGUGACCAUUUCGAUUUCACGUAUGAGGUAAACCAUUAAAUGGUUUUGCCAGAUGUUAGUAUUUUUGUUUUAAUUUGUCUUUUUAGGGCCUACAUAUAUACGCUGAUUUGAUCACCAUUUUCAUAUAAUGAUGUUUUGUAUUCCUUAAAUGGAACUAACUAAUGUCACAUGAUUGUAUGCAAUUAUUCUUUUAAUUACUUAAAUAUAUAUUCAUAUAACCUAGAAUAAUACCAUAAUUGAUCGAGAACUUAAUUUGUCUCAAAUUUAAUUUACCUUCACGGCUUAUGAAUGAUUGCGUAUCGCUUACGUGUAACUAAAUUAUUUUUCUCAUGAAAAUUUACUAAUUUUGUUGUUUUUGAACACCGCUUUUUUCAAGUUUAUGAAUAUUUGGGUGGUAAUUGACUUCGAUCGAUCGCAUCGUUGAUAAGAACUUUUUGCUGUGAAUUGUAUUUUGUUAUGUUAAUGUUUUCUGGUGAACUAAACAAAACAAACCUUUCCUCUAAAGGGUUUUAAUUUUACUUUGUUUCAAAUUUACUCUCGAGUUUUAUCGAAAACUUUAUUUGGUGUUUUUAAUUUAUAUGAGGGAAACACUUUUCCUAUCCGCCAGCCUUAACUGUACACGAUAAAAUUGUAUUGUAUUAUAUAUAUACAAUUGUAAUCUUUUUUUUAGCAGAUUCGGUGCUUCUACCAUAUUUUGUACACUUUUUUUAUCAUAUUUAUAGCCCAUUUGGUUUGUGUGUGUGUGAGGGGUUCUGUUUUGUUUUGACCA